UUGCAGCGACUCGCUCCUCCUCUCCUUCCCUCCAGAGCUUCGCGCCUAACUCGGCUUCUCCCCGCGUCCUCUCUCAAGACUUUCCGAAUCAUGCGACUCCUGGCCAGGAAACAAAAGCAAAGUCGUCCUAUUCCUCGACCGAUUCGGAUGGAAAUUGGUAACAAAGUCAGGUACAACUCCAAGAGAAGGCACCAGAGGAGAACGAAGCUGGGUCUGUGA